AUGACUCAUUUGCAGGCAGGUCUGUCUCCAGAGACCCUGGAAAAGGCCCGAUUGGAACUGAACGAGAACCCAGACACCUUGCACCAAGACAUCCAAGAAGUUCGGGACAUGGUGAUCACCCGACCGGACAUUGGCUUUCUUCGUACAGACGAUGCCUUUAUUCUUCGCUUCUUGCGGGCCAGAAAAUUCCAGCAUUUUGAAGCAUUUCGCUUGUUGGCUCAAUAUUUUGAGUAUCGUCAACAGAACCUCGAUAUGUUCAAGAGCUUCAAAGCCACUGAUCCAGGCAUCAAGCAAGCACUCAAGGAUGGUUUCCCAGGAGGGUUGGCCAACCUUGAUCAUUAUGGCAGGAAGAUCCUGGUGCUCUUUGCUGCCAACUGGGACCAAAGCAGAUACACACUGGUGGAUAUUUUACGUGCCAUCCUUCUUUCAUUAGAAGCUAUGAUCGAGGACCCAGAACUUCAAGUAAAUGGAUUUGUUUUGAUUAUAGACUGGAGUAAUUUCACUUUCAAACAGGCUUCUAAGCUGACACCAAGUAUGCUUCGAUUAGCCAUAGAAGGCCUUCAGGACAGUUUCCCAGCUCGAUUUGGAGGAAUUCAUUUUGUCAAUCAGCCAUGGUACAUCCAUGCCCUUUACACAGUUAUACGUCCAUUUUUAAAGGAGAAGACAAGGAAGAGGAUAUUUCUCCAUGGAAACAACCUCAACAGUCUGCACCAGUUGAUUCAUCCUGAAAUUCUCCCUUCUGAAUUUGGAGGAAUGCUUCCACCUUACGACAUGGGCACAUGGGCAAGAACGCUGCUAGAUCACGAGUAUGAUGAUGACAGUGAAUAUAGUGUGGAUUCCUAUAACACAUCUGCAAAAGAAGUUGAAAAGGAGCUCUCACCCAAAUCCAUGAAGAGGUCUCAAUCUGUUGUGGACCCCGGAGUGCUCAAGCGCAUGGAUAAAAACGAAGAAGAAAACAUGCAGCCAUUGCUUUCGCUUGACUAG